ACAAAUAAAAAAAACUAGUUUUUUUUUUUAUUCCUAUAAUCAUUUUAGCCGAAUAAACAAGAGCUUAGAUUAUAGUACUCUAGAAAACCAUUCAGUAAAAACAAGUUACAAAAUACUAUUCCUGUGGAGAAAGCAACAAAAACCCAAGCCAAUGGCUCCGCCGAAAAUUCCCGAGAGUAAAAUGACGUUAAGCAGCAUGGAAGCCAAAAGUUCCUUGAACAUUGAAGGUUUUACAAAAUAUAGGCAUGCUGGUGAUUUAACGGGCGAGCCGCCCACCAGAGAGUUUGCCGAAGUCACCAUACCUGUGCCUUGGGGUCAUUUGGCAGGCAAAUGGUUUGGACCCCAAGAUGUUCAGCCCAUAUUGGGUCUUCAUGGCUGGCAAGAUAAUGCUGGUACAUUUGAUUUGUUGGUUCCCCUGUUGCCGGCGGAUGUUGCAUUCCUUUCUGUUGAUUUGCCUGGCCAUGGCUUAUCUUCACGAUUGCCCGAUGGUUGUUACUACAACACCAUUGAUAAUCUCUAUAUCAUACGUGUCAUAAUGAAACAAUACAAAUGGGAGAAGGUGGCCCUGAUAGGCCAUUCCAUGUCUUCGAUUAUUGGUUUCGUGUUUGCUGCUGUUUUUCCUGAUAAAGUUGAUAUGUUCAUUGGCAUAGAUGCCUUGAAACCCCAUCAAAGGCCUUUUCCCAGUGUCAUACGCACCAUGGAAACACGCAUGGAUGAAUUUCUGCGCGAGGAUGAGCGUAAUCGCAACAAAAAUGAGCCUCCCAGCUACACCUAUGAGGAGCUUAUCGAACGCAUAUACGUUGGCACCUUCCAUUCUGUCAACAAAGAUCUCUGCAAACACAUGCUGGCCCGAAAUAUACAAAAAUCGGAAAAGUAUCCCGACAAAUACUUCUUUACUCGCGAUAGGCGUUUGAAAUUUUACAAUUAUGCCGUGGGCUCCCAGGAGCUGUGUGUGGAAAUGGCCCAGCGCAUUACCUGCCCUUAUCUUUUUAUUAAGGCUCGUCACUCUUCAUAUUUUGAGGAUAAAAAGUAUUACGAUGAAGUCAUGGAUGUUCUGAGGCCAAAACCGAAUUUUGAAUAUUUCGAGAGUGAUGGUUCGCAUCAUUUGCACAUGAAUAACCCGGAGAAAAUUAUCGAACCAAUAGUGGAUUUCAUUAAUCGUUUUGGUCCUGUUGCCAGGGCAAAACAGGCCAAAGCUGCCAAAUUGGCUGCCCAAAACGAGAAGGAGAGUAAACUCUAAAUAUGGGAGAGGCUUUACCACGGGUAUAUAUUUAUUAAGUGUGAUAUAAAUUCCAGGUAAUAAACGCAAAUAUUUUAA